UUGAACAGCGACUCGUUUCUAGAGCAAUGGAGAACGCAUUAUUGAUUCGAGUGAGCGUGUUUACCGACCAAGGAGGUAGGAAAUACAUGGAAGAUGUGACCGAGGUCAUAGUUGAGCCCGAGCCGGGAGAAGAUGAGCCGACGACGGGCGAACCAGAAGAGAGCAGCGGGGGCGAGCGUACAGUCAACUCUGACCAGGCUGGUGAAAGCACGAGGUCUCCGCAGGUUGGAGACGAGCCACAUGAACCCGCACUAACGGAGGAGCACUUCUCCUCAGAAGAAACGGCUUUACCGGGAGGUCAGAGCCCGCCGCGAGCUCCGCCGAGCGCCGCGAGCCAUUCCCGCCGUUCCGUGGCUUUCUUUGCUGUGUUUGACGGUCACGGGGGUCGCGAGGCUGCGCAGUUUGCACGGGAGUAUUUGUGGGAGUUCGUCAAGAAACAGCGGGGGUUCUGGUCGGACUGUGACCGGGAGGUGUGCUCUGCUAUACGGAAAGGUUUUGUCGCCUGCCACCACGCUAUGUGGAAAAAGCUACCCGAAUGGCCAAAGACACUCACAGGUCUGCCGAGCACGUCGGGCACCACAGCCAGUGUAGUGGUCAUCCGAGGAAACCGGAUGUAUGUGGCCCACGUUGGGGACUCAGCAGUGGUUCUAGGGGUCCAGGAUGACCCUACAAUCCCCUUCAUCAGAGCUGUGGAAGUAACACAAGACCACAAACCUGAACUACCCAGAGAAAGGGAGCGUAUUGAAGGUCUGGGAGGGAGUGUGAUCAAGAAGUCUGGAGUGAACCGGGUGGUCUGGAAAAGGCCGAGGCUGAGCCACAACGGACCGGUCCGCAGGAGCACCGUCAUUGACCAGAUACCAUUCUUAGCAGUGGCUCGAGCUCUAGGUGAUCUGUGGAGCUAUGACUUCUACAGCGGGGAGUUCGUGGUGUCUCCGGAGCCGGACACCAGUGUGGUGACCCUCGACCCCAGAAAACACCGCUACAUCAUCCUGGGCAGCGAUGGUCUGUGGAACAUGGUGCCACCUCAAGAGGCCAUCUCUAUGUGUCAGAACAACGACGAGGCAAUGGCACCGUGUGGGGUAUCGAGCGCCCGGCAGCUGGUCAGCCACGCUCUGCUGCGGUGGCGCCAGCGGAUGUUGCGCGCCGACAACACCAGCGCCAUCGUGAUCGCCCUCCAGGAGCCCGGGACCCCCCAGGACACCCUGCACCACGAGGAGGUGCUGCUCGACCUCGCCAAAGUGUCCCAGAGUCCUCCCACCUCCCAAUCCCGCGCUGACACUCCUCUUCUACAGCGCACUCAAGAGGAAGACUCCUGCUCGGUUGUUUGCGACUUCCUCCCUGCCCUCGAGCGACGGGACGGCCUAUCAGGCGGGAACAGCUUGUACCACAUGGAUCUGUCCGACCCGUUCGCUCUGACUCCGCUGUGUCUGAACGGCAGCGCUGAGCCAGACAGUCAGUCCAGUCCAACUGAGAGGACAGUCAGCAGCAGGACACCCAACGGCAAAAGAACUAUUGACGCAUCAUCACCAUCACCAUCAUCAUCAUCAACGCCGGCGUCGGGCCUGUCGGCUAAGAAAGCGCGGCGCAGGACUGCAGACAGGCCGCCGCUGGUCCAACACAACGCAGAGAAGAAACAGAAGGAGUCGAGCAACGUCUCUCCCAUUCUACAGCAGCAUAACAAGACCACAGUGUGUGUGUGCUGAAACA